CUGCUGGACAGAGAGAAGAGAGAUUGUUGCUGCCAUACGCCCAGCCCUAGUCUACCCUUAUCGGUUAUCUGUCUGUCCUGCUACACGCGAUAGACGCUCCCAGAAUUGAGAUAUACCUUUGAAACCAGCACUGAAGUUAGGACUCUGUUGGGAGUUGUGCAGCAAGAGGCAGAACAACUGUGACCAAAGUUUUUUUUUCCUGAAAACUUGAAGAUGGCCGAGAAGCAGAUUAGUUUGCCUGCCAAGCUCAUCAAUGGUGGCAUUGCUGGAAUCAUUGGGGUGACCUGCGUAUUUCCCAUUGACCUUGCCAAAACACGCCUGCAAAAUCAGAGAAACGGCCAGCAGUUCUAUAAAAGCAUGUGGGAUUGUUUGAGAAAGACACUUCGCUCUGAAGGUUAUUUUGGAAUGUACAGAGGUGCAGCAGUAAAUCUCACUCUUGUAACCCCUGAAAAGGCAAUUAAACUGGCUGCUAAUGACUAUUUCAGACACCACCUGUCUAAAACUGGUUCACCUUUGACUCUGUCCAAAGAAAUGCUUGCAGGAUGUGGUGCAGGAGUCUGUCAGGUUAUUAUCACUACACCGAUGGAGAUGUUAAAAAUACAGCUACAAGAUGCUGGAAGACUAGCUACUCAGCAUAAGACUGUAAAAGGAAAACAAUGCAUGUCAGCUGGCACUAAGCACUUAAAUACAAUUCCUGUACUGACAAGGUCUUAUAAUGUUGGACCAACAUCUGCUGCUCGCAAAGUGUCUGCUACACAAAUUGCCUCUGAGCUUCUUCGCACAGAAGGCAUAAAAGGACUCUACAGAGGGCUAGGAGCCACCGUUUUGAGGGAUGUACCAUUCUCUGUCAUCUACUUUCCAUUAUUUUCUAAUCUCAACAAGCUGGGCAAGGCUUCUCCUGAUGAGAAGGCUCCAUUCCUUCAUUCAUUUGCUGCAGGCUGCAUAGCUGGGUCCACUGCUGCUUUGGCUGUCAGUCCUUGUGAUGUAAUAAAGACACGCCUUCAGUCUUUAAACAAGGGAGCAAAUGAAGAAACCUACAGUGGAAUUGUGGAUUGUGCCAGGAAAAUCUGGAUGAAGGAGGGUCCAUCUGCUUUUUUUAAAGGAGCGGGAUGCAGAGCACUAGUCAUUGCACCUCUGUUUGGUAUAGCUCAGGUUGUGUACUUCUUCGGUAUUGGAGAAACUGUUCUUGAGCUGUCUCAAUUCAAUCGCUUGAUGGCCUAAAGCUAAGCAUUCCAGAGGGAUUAAACUACAAGACUGCAAUAGAGUGAAACUGGCUGCAACCAUCCUCUAUAAAGUCAGCCUCUAGAUCCCCCAUACUUUUGUAUAAUAGCUCCCGAGUUGGCAAGCUCAAAAGUUUCCAAAGGCAAAGAAGGGUUAACAUGUGAUUUUUGUCUCUCACAAGCCCUCUACCUUUUUUAGCACUUACAACAAUCGAAUGUAAUACUCACUCACAGAUACAACUAAAAAAAGAACAAUGUUUGUCUACAUUAGUAUAAAAAAUGGUUACUUGAAUACCAAUGUAUUUCACAACUAAUGUAAGCAUUCCUGCUAAGAUGCGUUAUUGCUGUUAAAUUGUUCUGGGAAUGCAUAUACAUUUAUAAUACACAAAAGCCACGAAUAUCUUGUAAAUUAUAUCCUUAUAAACGGUGAGUACUGAUGUCAUCAGUUAUAAACGGUGAGUAGUGAUGUCAUUCUUGUCACGUGACUCACUGAAACUUGCAAAAUAUUAGAAGUUGCCUCGGAGUUCCUUUGGCCUCGUGUUUUUAUAUGGUCAUGAAACUCCUCGGUAACGUAUAAUAUCAUUAUAAUUUACAAGAAGAGGUACUUUAUUCACUAUAUAUUCACUGCACAAUGGGUUAUUUCUUCACAGUGGCCAAGUUUUUUUCUGUUUAAAAUAUUCAAAGGUGCAGACUGAAGUAAAAACUUGAAUAUCUCUCUGUGCAGCUACAUUUUGUUUGUUUUUUUUUUUUGACAAAUCAUUAUGGUUGGUUAAAUAGUUUUUUUUAAAAAAAAAAAAAAAAAAAACACUGUAUAUAUUUUUA